AUGAUUGCAAAGUUUCUUCUGAGCAAGGGCCCCUUCGUUGGUGCCUACAGCUUUUUCUUCGGGACUUUUUUUGACGGCAAGCAUCAUUACCAACUGACGUGGCCUCCCAUCUACAAAGCAACCACCUCAGUGGCAAAGCUGAUUAGGCACCAUCUUUUCCUGACCGUUCCAGUCGACAAGUUCAGCGAGUCGUUCAUCACCUACACUGGAAAUCCAUACGCUGUGUCAGCUGCACAUUUUGAGGCCAUCAAGGCUGAUCCAAACCGCAACUUGGUCGACAAUGACAACUUCCCAAUGCUGGAUAUUGAGAAUGUGGUUCUUGACUGUCGCCAGAGUUCAGAGUGA